UGGGGCUGGCCGAAACGAGCGAGACAAGCGAGGCAAGCGAGUCCCAAAGGCGCUCCUCCUCCUUCAGGCAGCAGCAUUUCCAGCCAGCCAGCAAUCGGCAGGAGUGACACCGCAAGCAGCCCGCGCGCACCUUCCGUCGCAGUGCAGCGCAUCGCAAUCGAAUGUCGCACAUUUUCCCACGACACAAUUGGCGGGGCCCCAAUUCCUCAUCUCAUCAACAUCCACCCGACGGCAUCGCCAUCACCAACAUCAAGCCACAAUCUGAACCACCGUUCAGCCAGUCGACCCAGUCUCCGCCUCUCAGUACAGGUAUUCCAUUCGCUGUCCCUUCUAAGCAGGCAGUGGCAGGGCCCGUCCGUACGGCACGGAGUACGGAUAGCGUGGACGGAUACCUGA